GCAUUAUCGUCAGCUGUAAUCUAUCGUCGUAUUUCACAGCCAAGUCAUUACUCUUUACCCUCCCUCGAAUCCGAUAACCGACUACUCAUACAUUUAAUUUGUUCAAUUUCCUGAACGGCCUCUUCUCUCGAGUUAGAAAUCACUGCCAGUGCUUAUCCAACUUAGGAAGCGGAAACUUUAAGCACUCGACUCUCUAUUUUGAAUCGCCUAAAACAGCGUCGGGGUGAAAAUGAGUGAAGGGAUUUACAUUAAACACGGUCAGUGCAUUCGACCCAACAUCGACGUUUCCGCAGCGAAAAGCAUCGUGGAAAGUUUGUACGGCCUGAAAGUGGAAAAGGUCGAGGAGUUGAACGCGUACUACGACAAAGUCUACCAUGUCGAGUGUCGGAGUGACUACAAAAAUCCUUACAUAGAGUGUCUGAACCCUGGCGGAUACGUUCUAAAAGUGCUGAACGUCCUGGAUUCGCGGAACGAAACGUUCAUAGAGGCCCAAGGCGAGGUGAUGAAGUUCCUGAACGAGCGCGAAAUCGUGUGCCCUUCUCCCGUGAAAAAUUUGAAAAAUGCCUACUACUCUCUGGAGACUCUAGGAACGAGCAGUGGCGAGAAGAAUCUAAUCUGGCUUUUGGUAUACCGACCAGGAACUCUGCUGAGUCGAGUGAACUUGACGACGGACUUGCUGUACCAAGUGGGCCACUUAGCAGCCAGGAUAGACAGCCUUCUCUUGGGCUUCUCCCAUCUCGGAUACAGUUCCCGCAGGACGCUCUGGAUGCUGACUUCCGUCCCGAAAUUGCAAGGACUAACUUUCGCGAUCAGCGACCCCGAGAGGAAGAGAUUGGCCUGCGAGGUCAUCGAGAGAUUCGAGAAGGAGGUUCUGGAACGUCUGGACAAGCUCGCGGGGGGAAUCAUCCACGGGGAUCUUAACGAGAACAAUAUCCUGAUGAACAAGGACGAGAAGAAAAUCGCAGCCAUCAUCGACUUCCAGGACUCGCAGAGAUCUUACUUGAUCUUCGAACUGGCCAUCGCCGUUUGUCAUAUGAUUCACCAGACGCGAGAUGUUUCCGCGGGGAGACACGUUAUCGAUGGCUAUCGGAGCGUUAGAACGCUGCCAGAAUUUGAGAAGAGCAUUUUGAAAAUCACCGUCUGCGCUAGGUUCGCUCAGUGUUUGAUAACGGGGGCUUACACUCAUCUCAAUGACCCGGCCAAUGCCUAUAUUUUCGAGAUGCAAAAGACUGGGUGGACGACUUUCCAAGCUCUUUACUCCAUCGACGGUUCCGAAGUGCUGAGACUUUGGGGACUUGCGCCUUCCUAGACUGUAUUCAAUUAUAUAUUGAAUAAGGGGGAAGCUUCUAAACGAUUUCUCAUUAGUGUUGAAAUGACUCCGUCUCAUCUGUGUUCAUCGUAUGACAAGAAACCUCGGAUUUCAUGAGUUAAAAAAAAUGUACAUCAGUAUUAUACAACCUAUAGCGUAAAGUACGGAUAGACGCCUAAAUUUUCAACAUGUACUUCUAAAGUCGUUAUUUGCUUUUGUUUCCAAACAAUUCCAUGUUCAUAUCAAACUGUUAUAUUUUAUCUUCAUUUUAUUCUGCAAUGAUUUGCCUAGUAUCAAUAGUUAUUAUAAUAUAACAAAAAUAAUAAAGGUCUCGAUUUCACAUCUAUCCUACUCGGGUAGGAUAGAUUCCUUUGGGUAAACGGAUAGAUGACCUAAGGGAGAAUAAAUGAAAUCAUAAUCAAUUUGUUUGAAGAAAUCGUAUUUUUAAUCUCAGCAAAGUUAACGAAAACAGUUUUCAAGUUAUCUAUAAACUUUGGAAAAUUAAUAAAGAUAGUUUUUAAUGGUUAAGCGGAUGUGAAAGUGGCCUCAAAGAGGUCUUGUUUAUGAAACUUUUCUACGAACUGGGUGUACCGAAUCG